AUGGAGAAGCUUCACUCAGAUAUCGUAGAGAACAUACUACAUCGAUUACCGACUGAGACAGCUUUACAAGCAAAACGGGUAUGCAAAACAUGGAAGAUAAUCCUCCGUAGUAAGACUGAUAAGAUAGGUUUGCUUUUCGCUGUGAAAUACCCUGGAUCCCAUGACGAAUAUGGACUUUAUUAUGGUGAUCCUAUUGGUGGGAAGAUCAACUACACUUGGUUUGCGCUUGAUAAUAUGAGCAGUGGUAAAUCUAUUCCGUGGUAUGAUUACUUGGAUGGCAUGCUUGGGUCAUGCAAUGGUUUGGUUUGCUUCCAAAGACGUAGUUGGACUUCCGGAGAACCUUUCUUAAUUUGCAAUCCCAUCACUGGAGAAGUUGUGUACGUUCCUAAUAAUACACAACUAGAGUGUUUCGUGGAUUAUUAUGGGCGACGGGUUACCAUAAGUGGGUUUGGUUAUUGUCAUUCAACCAACGAGUACAAGAUUGUUAUAAUGCACGAAAAAGAGUAUAGGGUCCAAGUUUAUACUGUAGGUGGUCGUGGUGACUGGAGAAACACAGAAACUAUUCGUAUUCAUCCCUUCAGUGAUUCAACUGGUGUCUGCACCAAUGGAGCUCUUCAUUGGCUACACCUCAUUAAUAUUGGCUACCACUGUACGAUUGCAGCCUUCGAUUUGGUAAAUGAAAAUUUCAAGUUCAUCCCUUUACCACGUUAUGAAUACGUUAAACAUCACCAUAGCCUCAAGUUGCUGGGAGGGAAUAAUCUGUAUUUGGUGCAUACAAUCAUUACAAUGUCUAAUGAACAUUGCACCGAUAUUUGGGAAUAUAAGAGGAAGAAUACUAGCACCACUAACUGUUGUUAG